CCCUACAGAUUCCAGAGACGCACAAACUCUCUCUCUCUCUCUCUCUCUCUCUCUCUCUCUCUCUCGUCUUGCAUGUUCUUUCAUAACCUUUUUUCUAAUUAAUAAUCCUCCGCAAUCUUGCAUAUUUUUCACUAAAUUCCGCCCUUUACACCAAAACCCGUAUCAAAUAUUUGGAUAAUUUCCCCCUCACGUAUUCUGAUUUAUCCUAAUUACACCGAUUGGUAUCUAGGAGAUUAGGGUUUUCGGUUUUCAUGGUGUAGGAAAACAAUGAAUUGAAGCUCAAAUUUCUAGAAUUUGAUACCCCAUAUUCCCAAUUUCAUCGACAUUUUAUCUGGGUUAGGGCUUUCUGUUCGGGAAAUUUUAUAUCCGGAAGAACAUUGAGAAAAUGGACAAGUACGAGCUUGUGAAGGAUAUAGGGUCUGGAAAUUUUGGCGUUGCAAGGUUGAUGAGGAACAAGGUUACCAAAGAGCUUGUUGCUAUGAAAUAUAUAGAAAGAGGGCAUAAGAUUGAUGAGAAUGUUGCUCGAGAGAUUAUAAAUCACAGAUCACUUCGACACCCGAAUAUAAUUCGGUUUAGAGAGGUGGUACUGACUCCCACCCACCUUGCCAUUGUCAUGGAGUAUGCCGCAGGAGGGGAGCUUUUUGAUAGGAUUUGCAAUGCUGGAAGAUUCAGUGAAGAUGAGGCUAGAUACUUCUUCCAGCAGCUUAUCUCAGGAGUUCACUAUUGUCAUUUCAUGCAAAUAUGCCAUAGAGAUUUGAAGCUUGAGAACACUCUUUUAGAUGGGAGCCCUGCACCGCGCUUGAAAAUUUGUGAUUUUGGCUACUCAAAGUCAUCUCUGCUUCACUCGAGACCUAAAUCCACAGUUGGAACUCCUGCAUACAUUGCCCCUGAGGUUCUUUCUCGUAGGGAGUAUGAUGGCAAGUUGGCUGAUGUUUGGUCUUGUGGAGUGACACUUUACGUGAUGCUCGUGGGAGCAUACCCUUUUGAAGACCAAGAAGAUCCAAAAAAUUUCAGGAAGACUAUUCAACGAAUAAUGGCUGUGCAAUACAAGAUCCCUGACUACGUUCACAUAUCUCAAGACUGUAGGCAUCUCCUUUCUCGGAUAUUUGUCGCCAAUGCGUCCAGGAGGAUUAGCCUAAAAGAUAUCAAAAGCCACCCAUGGUUCCUGAAGAAUCUGCCAAGGGAAUUAACGGAAGCAGCUCAAGCAGUGUAUUACAGGAAGGAAAACCCGACAUUUUCACCACAAAGCGUUGAAGAAAUCAUGAAAAUUGUGGAAGAAGCAAGAUCCCCGCCUGCAGCUUCUCGCGCCAUUGGAGGGUUUGGGUGGGGUGAGGAAGAAGACGAUGAUGAUAAAGAAGCAGGGGAAAAAGAAGCCGAGGAUGAUGAAGAUGAAUACGAUAAAAGGGUCAAAGAAGCUCAUCAAAGCGGAGAAGUCUGUCUUACCUGAUUAAGGUUUCGCUUUUUCCAGUUUGUAUAAAAAGCCAAUUUUACCUUUGGGGAGCUUAAUAAUCGAUGCGACGAUGUCUGUAAAUCUCUUAUGGCAUGUUGCUGUGUGAGAUUAUUUAGGUGUGUUGAUGCUUUUGUAUACUUGAAUCUGGUUUGGGUCGCUCGGUUUUUCGGAAGCCGGGAAUGUCGGUUCUUGGGUAAUUAAUGUUAGAUUGGAUUUUUCAAGCUCUUUGUAUUGCUAAAUGUUAUCAAAUGUUCGAUUUGUUUCAAGGCUC